AUGGAGGUGGCGGACCCGCAGCAGCUGGGCAUGUUUACAGAGGGCGAGCUGAUGUCGGUGGGGAUGGACACAUUCAUCCACCGGAUCGACUCCACCGAGGUCAUCUACCAGCCCCGCCGCAAGCGGGCCAAGCUCAUCGGAAAGUACCUGAUGGGGGACCUGCUGGGGGAGGGGUCGUACGGCAAGGUGAAGGAGGUACUGGACUCGGAGACACUGUGCAGAAGAGCCGUCAAAAUCCUCAAGAAGAAGAAGUUGCGAAGGAUCCCCAACGGGGAGGCCAACGUGAAGAAGGAGAUCCAGCUGCUGAGGAGGCUGCGGCACAGGAACGUCAUCCAGCUAGUGGAUGUGCUGUACAAUGAGGAAAAGCAGAAGAUAUAUCCUGCAGGGGGUGGGGAGGGCCCAUCCUGUCCAGAGCAGGGUGCCUGCUGCGUGUUUUCCUUAGCACGGCCCACGUACAUGGUGAUGGAGUACUGCGUGUGUGGCAUGCAGGAGAUGCUGGACAGCGUGCCUGAGAAGCGCUUCCCUGUGUGCCAGGCCCAUGGGUACUUCUGCCAGCUGGUGGACGGCCUGGAGUACCUGCACAGCCAGGGCAUCGUGCACAAGGACAUCAAGCCCGGCAACCUGCUGCUCACCACUGGUGGCACGCUCAAGAUCUCUGACCUGGGUGUGGCUGAGGCACUGCACCCGUUUGCUGAGGAUGACACGUGUCGGACCAGCCAGGGCUCCCCAGCGUUCCAGCCACCUGAGAUCGCCAAUGGCCUGGACACCUUUUCUGGCUUCAAGGUGGACAUCUGGUCAGCGGGAGUCACGCUGUACAACAUCACAACAGGCCUGUACCCGUUCGAGGGCGACAACAUCUACAAGCUGUUUGAGAACAUCGGGAAGGGGGACUAUACCAUCCCGGGGGACUGUGGGCCCCCACUCUCAGACCUGCUCAGAGGAAUGCUGGAGUAUGAGCCGGCCAAGCGGUUCUCCAUACAGCAGAUCCGGCAGCACAGUUGGUUCCGGAAGAAGCACCCGCCAGCCGAGCAGCCGGUGCCCAUCCCGCCCAGCGCGGACUGCAAGGACCGGUGGCGGGGCAUGACAGUGGUGCCCUACCUGGAGGACCUGCACGGCUGUGCCGACGACGUGGAUGACGAGCUCUUCGACAUUGAGGACGACGUCAUCUACACUCAGGACUUCACAGUGCCCGGUCAGGUCCUGGAGGAGGAGGCUGGGCGGAGCACACAGAACCGGGUCCUUGCCAAGGCUGUGUGCGUGAAUGGCACCGACACCACCCAGCUGAACACCAGGUCGAGGGCAGAGCGCCGGGCCAGCGCUGCCUCCAACCCUGCCCGCAAGGCCUGCUCGGCCAGCAGCAAGAUCCGCCGGCUGUCGGCCUGCAAACAGCAGUGAGGGUGGCUGCCCGCAGGUGACCAGAGAUUCCUGGGGUGGCCCCUUGAGGCAGUGCAGCUCUCCCUGGCCAGUGGAGGUGUCUGACAGCACUGCGUGACUAGGCCUCCGUUUUCUCAUCUUCUGGAGGGAUCCAGGGAGAGCGUGCUGCCUGUGACACAGGACCUUGCUUGGCCCAGAAGUGACCUGCCUGUGUCCUGGUCUCAGUCCGUCUCCAGGAGCCCCGGCCAGGUCCUGCUCAGUCUUCCCGUCGACGGCUGGCCUGCUGCCCACCGCCCAGGAAGGCUGCCACAGCGCCCUCUGUGCUGACUGCUCCUCUGGAAGCCAGAGGGUCCUGGAGGACUGUGGCUGUGCGACAGCAGGGACUGGGAUCUGGCCCUCCCUCGGCGGCCGGUGGACACGACCUCCUGCUGACUGCAAUCCUGUGCUGAGCCCCUUCCCCCAGCUAGGGGAGGAGGGAGAGGGCCAGGUGUGGCCCCAUGCCAGCCUUCGCCAUGCACUUUACGUUGAGACUACUGGUUCUCGUCCACCCCAACUCCUCUUUUUACUCUGCCACUGGUUAGCACCUCCCACACCUGGUGAUGUGUUCAUAUCAACCACAGCCGCAGCGGGAUGGGCAUGACGCACAGGCCUGCCGACCCAGAUGCAUGCCCAUGCCCAAGGGAACCAGGCGGCCUCCUUGUGUUCGUUGUUUGGUUGGUUCCUUUUUAUUUUUAUUUUUUAAACAAAAAAUAAAACAGGUGGAUUUGA